AUGACUGGACGCGGCAAAGGAGGCAAGGGUCUUGGCAAGGGUGGUGCUAAGCGUCACCGUAAAAUCUUGCGUGACAACAUCCAGGGCAUUACCAAGCCCGCUAUCCGCCGUCUCGCCCGUCGUGGUGGUGUCAAGCGUAUCUCCGCCAUGAUCUACGAGGAGACCCGUGGUGUCCUCAAGUCCUUCCUCGAGUCGGUCAUCCGUGAUGCCGUCACCUACACUGAACACGCCAAGCGUAAGACCGUCACCUCGCUCGAUGUCGUCUACGCCCUCAAGCGCCAGGGCCGUACCCUCUACGGUUUCGGUGGCUAA